UAUGUUUACGGCUUACAUCGAAUAAAAUAGUGAUUUGUUUGCGGCGUUUUUGUGCAAGCCUGAGGAAAGAAAUAGAUGGGCGUGUAGAAAAGAAAAUAUUAAUUUCUGUAUUAACGUAAAAUGGAAGCGAAUACUGAACAAGUUUCUGCGGCUACGGAAACCGUUUCCAAUAAUGAACAGGAACACAAUGAUGAGUGCAUGGAAGAAAGUGAGGAUUAUGGUUACGAUGGAGAAGAUUAUAGACAUUUCGUACCUCGAGGACGAGGAGGCUUUAGGGGUCGUAGCAGAGGUGGGUUUGAUUUCCCCAUGAGAAGUGGGCCACCAAGGUUUCGAGGAAGAGGAUUUGGACCCAGAGGACCGAUGUUUCGUGGAGCAAAUAAUGGUUUUCCUUUUGAGGGACCUCCCAGGCCAAACUGUCCACCAGGGCCAACAGGACCACGCUUUAGAGGACCCCCACCAUUUGAUCCCAGUUGGGGACCAAUGGGACCACCGAAUCUGAUGGGACCUCCAAAUUUAAUGGGACCUCCAGGAAUGCCACCGCCACACAUGAUGAAUGGCCCAAUUGGGACAGGUCCAGGCCCAUAUGGACCACCUCCUGGAAUGGGACCACCAAAUAUGAAUAACAUUCCAGGUCAGCAGCAGCCCCCACAGCAACAGGCUCAGCAACAAGCAAACAUUCCAGGCUUAGAUCUCAAUGGAGAAGUAUGGGUAGAAACGAAAACACCUGAUGGAAAGUCUUAUUACUACAAUAUUCGUACAAGAGAAACCACAUGGACAAAACCAGAGGGACCAAAUGUGAAGGUCAUGGUGCAAGAUCAGUUAGAACAAUUGGUUCAUGGAGCAUCUAAACAAAGUGCCCCUUCUAAUACCCCUACAUCAACGGCUACUACACCAAGCCAAAUCAGUGAGAAUAGAAUUUCUCAAAAUAGUGAACCUUCUGCGAAUAAUGCGGAUGCUAUGAAUCAGCUUAGUACGGCACCACCUGGAACAGGUCCACCUCCCACACUUGGUGAGACUCCAGAUGUUAACACACAGCCAUCUGAUACAACUCAAACAAAUGGUGCGGCACCUGCAACUGUCACUGGUACUCCAGCUAUGAAUACACCAGCAGUAAAUACAAAUAUGAUGCAACCACCCCCUAAUAUGAUACCUAUGCAACAUAGGAUGCCAAAUCAAUUUGGGGGUCCAAUUGCAACACAAUUUGGAGCAGCACCUUUCGGUAUGCCACCACCAGGUUUUCAACCUUUCGGAGGCUAUGGUCCACCGCAAACAAAUUGGGGUAUGCCACAAAUGCCACAUGGCGUAAUAGCUCCACAGGCACCAGCAGAAGAUCCUGCUGUUCUGGCACAACUUGAUCAGGAAUUAGUAGCGUCUGCUAUAGUAUGGACAGAGCAUCGUGCUCCAGAUGGAAGAUUAUACUAUUACAAUAGCAAAGCUGGUGAAUCUGUUUGGGAAAAACCACAGCCUUUAAAAGAUCUUGAAAGUGCAAAACUAGCUUUACGACAAAAAGCGGAAGAGGCAGUCGUAAAUUCUACGAAUACUGUCGUCACUAGCUCCACAGUAACUAAUAAUAAUGUUGCCACUGAACCUACCAAACAAGAAAAGCAGCAAGAAAGUAAUCAUGAAACCAAAGAUAGUGUAAAAGAAGUUGAUACUAACAAACCUAAGAAAGAAGAAGCUGCGCCUAAAGAAGUUGCUAAACCUCAAGAUAAGUCUAGACCAAUUUCUAGCACACCAGUGCCUGGAACUCCUUGGUGUGUUGUGUGGACGGGUGAUGGACGUGUAUUUUUCUACAAUCCUUCUUCACGCAUAUCGGUAUGGGAAAGACCGGACGAUCUUAUUGGUCGGCAAGAUGUUGACAAAAUGGUGUCUACUCCACCAGAUGCAAUUGUACCAACUAAAACAUCGCGUCAGUCGGAUACAAGUGAAAGCAGUGACGAUGAUCAACCAACACCAGCAAAGAAAAUGAAACAAGAAGAAGCUAAAACUGUAACACCAAAAGAGGAAGAAGAAAAGGAAAAUAAGAAAACUAUUGAUAUCGGCAAAGAGGCUGCAAUAGAAGCGGAGGUUCGAGCUGCUAGAGAAAGAGCAAUUGUUCCCCUGGAAACACGAAUUAAAUCGUUCAGAGAUAUGCUUGCAGAGAAAGAAGUGUCCGCGUUCAGUACAUGGGAAAAAGAACUCCAUAAAAUAGUAUUCGAUCCACGGUACCUACUUUUGACGUCGAAGGAGAGGAAACAAGUGUUCGAGAAAUACGUAAAGGAGAGGGCAGAAGAAGAGAGGCGGGAAAAGAGGAACAAAAUGAAAGAACGGAAGGAACAAUUCCAGAAAUUAUUAGAAGAAGCUGGUCUCCAUGGGAAGUCAUCAUUUAGUGAUUUUGCGCAAAAGCAUGGGCGUGAUGAACGAUUUAAGAAUGUAGAAAAGAUGCGUGAACGUGAGAGCCUUUUCAACGAAUAUCUUCUGGAAGUGCGAAAAAAGGAGAAAGAGGAAAAAACAGCAAAACGAGAACAGGUGAAAAAGGAAUUCAUAGCGAUGCUACGUGAACACAAAGACAUCGACAGACAUUCGCAUUGGAGUGAUUGUAAGAAAAAGUUGGAAUCUGAUUGGAGGUACAGAGUGGUAGAGUCAGCAAGCACACGGGAGGAUUGGUUUAGGGAUUACAUACGUAUGUUAAAAGAGGAAAGGAAAAAGGAGAAGGAGAAAGAUAAAGACCACCGGCAUAGGGACAAAGACCAUCACAAGUCAGAAAAGAAAGAUAGGGACAGGAAGGAUGUUGAUAAGUACAAGCAGAAGUCUUCGAAGGAUCGGGCAGACAAGGAUAGUUCAAAGGACAAAAAACAACGAAGAAGCGAAGUACCGGCUGAAGAGAAUGGUAAAGACAAAAAGGAACCGGUAGUAGAGAAAGAAAGCGGUGAAAUCGAAGACAAUGACGAAAAACCAAUGAAGAAAGAAAAUGAUAAGGAAGAUGUGGAAGACCAAUCUGACUCGGAAGAGGAUCGUGAGAAACUAAAACGAGAACGUGAAAGAAGAGCAGAAGCAAGUCUCCGUGAAAGAGAGAGAGAAGUUCAAAGGACUCUUGCCACCCACCUUCGAGACAGAGAUAAAGAGAGGCAGCACCAUAGACACACAGAAGCGGUGCAACAUUUCAGUGCUCUUCUUGCAGAUUUAGUGAGAAAUGGUGACCUGGCAUGGCGAGAAGCAAAACGACAAUUAAGGAAAGAUCACAGAUGGGAGUCCGCAGAGAAUUUGGACCGAGAGGAGAAGGAAAGGCUAUUUAACGAACACAUAGAACAACUCAGUCGCAAAAAGCGUGAUAAAUUCCGAGAGCUUCUUGAUGAAGUAGGUGCUUCGACGGAACUUACUGCAUCGUGGAGAGAUAUUAAAAAAUUACUAAAAGACGACCCUAGAUAUCUUAAAUUUUCGUCUAGUGAUCGGAAAUGCGAGAAAGAAUUCAAGGAAUAUAUUAAGGAUAAACUUGUUGCAGCGAAGGCUGAUUUUAGAGAACUUCUUCAGGAGACGAAGUUGAUUACUGAUAAAACGUACAAAAAAGUACAAGAGAAUAAUGCACAUUUGGCAGAAAUUGAGGAAAUUUUAAGGAAGGAUCGAAGAUUUCUUGUACUGGAAGCAGCAGCUGCUGAACGAACUCGUUUACUAAUGGGCUAUUUAGAAGAGUUGGCACGUAGGGGUCCGCCACCGCCACCUACAGCCUCAGAGCCAUCAAGGAGACCAACCACAAACUAACGAGGAUCGCAUCAAGGCAUACGUAUACAUUACGUAUACAUCGUAUACAUAUGGUGUCCAAAUAACAAAUCAGUGAUUGAAUUUCUAGCUGUAGUUGAAUUGAAGUACUUUACACUCGAGAUGAUUAUCGCCUGUAAUUAUAGGAUUCAAUAAAACUAACGCCAAUUCCACACAGCUAAUAAUGCGAGUGUCAUACUGUAAAGAUGCCAUAGUGUAAGCAUAUCAUUAUUUGUUGACUUAUGUUAUAUAUAAAUACCAAUUAGAAAAGAAUUAUUAGAAAUAUUAUGUAGAGUACAAUCAUGAAGUACGUAUUUUAUACAUAUUUUAUCCAGGUUUGUUACAUAAGUACAUUCUAUUACAAAUAUUUUGUAUGAAAAUUACAUAUGAGAAUUGUGACGAGUUCAUGCUCUCGACUAGUUUAAAAACAAAUGCAGUGAAUUUCUAUAAAGCAACGUUAAAUGUAAUAUUUCGAAAAUGUAAUUCUUGUACCUAGAAAAAAAAGCAUAACACACGACAAUCAUGCUCGACACAUUUACGGAAUUCAUGCUUCAGUUCGAAAGUUAUUGCUUUCGAUUUUAAAAAUGUUUUCCUCGCACACAGCUCUGUUGGACAGUGAGACAAUUCUAUUUCGUACAAUCGGUGAAGAAUAUACGUAGAGUAAUUUUGUACAGUAGAUGUGAUAUUUGAAUACUUAUUGAACAAUUACACUAUUUUACACCAAGGGUAUAAUUUCGAUUUAUGUAAUCCUGUAGUUCCAUGAUGUUAUAAAAUAUUUACUACGCAGAAUGUAAUAAACUUUGUUUAUGUUAGACAUUAUAAA